AUGAAUCAGCUGCAGAGAUGGCAGCAGUGGGAUGUGGCACUGGCGCAUCUGGAGAUGUUUCAGGGCAAUGACCAACAGCUGUACCAUGCAGGGAUCGCGGCAUUGAAGGAGGCAUCGCAUUGGUCGGCUGCGCUGUCCCUCUUCGCCACGCUGCCGCGGCGCCGCGCGGCCCUCGACAGCUUCGGCUAUGCGGCGGUGGCACCGCGGAAGUGGAGGGAGAGCAGCUGGCUCAUGCAGGACAUGCAGCAGAAGUCUCUCGAGCGCAGCAUGGUUUUCGUGGGCUCCAUGUCUCACUGGAGCGCGACAUUGCAGCUGUUGCAGUGCAUGCUGCGGGCACUUCAAGAUGUGGAUGCAGCCUGCUUCAAUGCAGUCAUCGCUUCCUGUGGCUGGCAGAUGGGUGUGGAGAUCCUGCAGCAGAUGAGGACAGCGGCGCUCCAAGCAGAUGCCCAGGGCUAUGGCGCGGUGAUGCGCACGGCAGCCUCAAGGGACUGGCAGCUGGCCUUGACCUUGCUGCAGUCCAUGCGUCACGACGGCCUCGACGUGCCGAGCAUCGCCAUCAACGUGGCGCUGGCGGUUAUCCCGGCCAGUGAGGUGUGGCCGAGGACCCUGGAGAUGUUGGCCCGCCGCGUGCGUGACGGUGGAGCGGCCGCGGUGAGCGAUGUGAGUUUCAGCACUGCCAUCGGAGCCUGUGAGAAUGGCAUGCAGCAGCACCUGGCAUUGACACUGCUGUGGGAUGCCGAGGAGCUGGGGAUCCGACUUCCCAUCCUGUCCCUCUUGGUGGCCUUCACUCGCGCCAACGUCCAGGACCCGGAGGUGAUCUAUUCGGCUUUGAAGGAGGCAGCCAUUGCCAUCAGAGAUGCACCCAACGCCUUGGAAGUGGCACAAUUUUGGCGAUACUCUGCACUGCUGGGUGGGGUUCCCAGCCAUCAAUUCAUCCAACGGUUGACAGCGGAAACAAAGAGAAAGUUGAAGGAGUUCACCUUGGAACAGUUGGUCCUUGUUGCCUGGGGCGCUGCGGUUACACCGCACGGGGCAGCCACCAUGGACUUGGUCCAAAAAGAGUUACAGAGACGGCUUCCAGGACAGGACUCAGAGAAUUGGAGGCAGAACGUGCUCGGCAUUUUACACGCCAGCAGCUUCGGAGGCUGCACCUCGCAGCGCUGCGUUUUGCAGGUGGCACGGAGCCUACAGCGCCUGGGGCGGCGCCUGGACGGCGGCCAGCUGGGGGCUGUGGGAGGAGCCGGAGCCAUGGUGGAGAUGGAUCUGGUGGAUCGAAUGGUGCUGCUGAAGCCGGUGGAUUGGGAAGUUUCAGAUGAAAAUAUGGAGCUGCAAGUGGUUGAUUUCCUCCGCGACUCAGGGUCUUCGAUGCCCAUCCUCGAGGAUAAGGAGUUCGGCCAAGGUCUCUUGCAUCGACUGGAUGUGCCAAGUUCAGGACUGCUGCUGAUGGCCAAGACCUACGAAGCGCAUUGCGACUUGUCCGUGCAGCUGGCUGCGGGUCAUCUGGAACGAGACUAUUCCGUGCUGGCGCACGGCUGGGCGGUUGACCGCAAGAUCUCUGCCCAACUCUAUUGGAGGCGCGCCCCGGUGACAAAGGCUGGUGGUCGAGGCAAACCUUCCCUGACCCAGGUGAAAGUCUCCAAGUACUUCCUGGCGCUGUCGUCGGCGGUGACCCUCCUGGCCAUUCGCAUCUUCACGGGGCGACAGCACCAGAUUCGAGCGCACCUGGCGCAUGUGGGACACCCGGUGUUGACCGAUGGAAAGUACUCCAGUGGCGCCAGCUACGGCAGCGAUGUCCGGCUGUCCAGUCACAACGCCCUGCACCGCGAGCGCUUGGCCUUUCGUGACCUGCAGGGACAAAGACGGGAGGUCACAGCAGAAUUCAGCCCACACUUUGCUGCAGUAUUUCAGCAUCUGGUUGAGGUAGCUACAGCGCAACAGCACCGCACGGAGAUCUGCGAGAAAAUUGGGAUGUGGUGUUUUCAGAUGCUGUACAGUGCAGAAAACUACAUGGGUUGCGCAGCUUUGCGUUCUUGCGAGCGAAACGGCCACGAGAUUUGGCUAACGUGUCCUGAUGGCUAUGAAACUGAUUGUGUGGAAGGCUGUGUGCCUCUUCGAACACAUUGCAGGGAGGAAGAGACGGAUGUGAUCUCCUGGCUUCGUCACUAUGGUGGCAUCGUUGACGAGCGCCUGGUGAUCAGCGAUGGGGCUUUGGGCCGGGGGCUCUUUGCCAAGGAGGAUGUGGCCACCGGUGAUCUCCUGUUGUCUAUUCCCCUGGAGCUGAUCAUUGCGGACACGUCUCCUUGCGCGGCCAUCAAGCACUUGAGGAACGAGUUGCAGCGAGGUGAGUGCUCCUUUUAUUGGCCCUACUUGAAGACCAUGCAUGCUGCAGAGCUCCGUUUGCCGGACCUCUGGUCCUUUGAAGAGAGGUCCCUGCUGGACGGUUUGCCAACACCGCAAGAUGGUUGGCAAAGCUACACGCAAAAAUAUUUUGCAGAUUGCCUGGACACCAACGCGGAUGCUUUGACUUUGCAUGCUUUGAUGCUGUACCACACUCGCGCUGGACCCUUUGGCAUGAGCCCCAUCUAUGACCUCAUGAACCAUGGUUACAACAGCACCUUCCACGGCUUUGAUGCCGAAGUGGGCGAGAAAGGCACUUUCUGGGUUCGUGCUGCUGCUGACAUCAAAGCGGGUGACGAAGUGUUGAACUCGAUGGUGAAUGGUGUAGCAUUCAGACCGGGCAUAGCACCCGGCAUGCACUCGGAGGAUUUUGACGGUGCACCCGAGAUCUUCCGGAGCCGAGGGAGGAGCUACGGAUUCCUGGAAUCGCCACCAGUGAUGUGGUGGUUCCAGGGCCUUGCCGGCCUUGCCGAACGCCACGCCUGGAUCCAGAUGGACACGCAAGGCGCCGUGCGCUGGUUCGAGACCACGGAGCACGGGCCAGGGACCAACCUGGACGCCUUGCUGGCAGAUGGUCAGACGACUUUGAUGGAGCUGCAGGAGCUAAAAACCAUGGGGACUGGGUCAGCCAAAAUGGGCUAA